UUAAGUGUUGUCUUUUUUUAUACAAGUUGUUGUUAAUACAUGUUUUAAACAAUAACAAAAAUGCGACGUGGCGUAAAAGAUUCAGAUGAGGAGGUAGACAUGAAGUCUGGUCGUAAAACUCGUAUUCAAACUGAAGCAAUAUCAGUUGAUUCUCCACGUCGUCGAAGCUCUCGAAUUAAGCCAAAUAUUAAACAAAAUGAAUCUUCACCUGAAUCCAGUUUAAGCGACGCGAGCAAUAUUAGUAAUAUACAAACUGGAAAAAGUAAAAAGCAACGAACGAGUAUCAUGGACAGUUCCACUCCAACUGAAAAUCAAAGAACUUUGCGUUCUAGGAUGAAUUCUAUAUCCUCAGAUAUUAGCGAAAUCCCAGAAACAGAUAUUGGUUCACCAACAAAGAAAACUAGAAAUAAUCCUCCUAACAGUAAUAAGACAAAUAGUCGAAGAAGUAAACGUCUUACAAGGGCUGGUUCAGAAGUAAAUUCACCAUCACCAGCAAUAAGAGUUACACGUAGUACAAGGGCUAGUUCAGUAGAACCAGAAUCCAAUGUAUCAAAUAAACUUCUAGAAAAGUAUCAAAAUGAAUUUGUAAGUUCACCUAUUAAGACAAGAAGACGAAUUUCGGUAUUACCUUCAGAAGCAAUGGUUAUAGAGGAGAAAGGACAAUGUAUGAAGAUUCCUAUGGUAACAUUAGAUCGCACAUUACCUGAUCUUAAUGAAGUUAAAGAACCAGGUUCAGAUAAUUCCCCUAAAACUGCACAAAAAAAUGAAAAACAACACAAACUUGAUACAAGUCGUAAAAAUGUAAAUGAAAAACAUGCUGAAGAAAAUGUUUCUGUCAAGGGACCACACGACAAUACUCCGGAAAAUCUUCCUUCAAAUAGUUUUGAAGAAGUUGAGAAAGGUACAUCUACUGAUGAUAAAAAGAUAUCAGAUAAUAAAGAUGUUCUAGAAAGUAUUGAAACAUCAUCCACAGAUAUUAUAAAGCAAGUAGAAUCAUCAGUAGAUAAUGAUUCUCAAAUACCUUCACAAAAUGAAAACCAAAACACAUCUGAGGAAGUAGAAUUAAAACUUGAGGAUUCAAAUGAAUUAGUGGAAAAAGAAAGUCGUAGUAAUGAAGAAAAUCUUACAACAGAUAUUGAUAUUGAUUCACAACAGACUAAAAAUGCAAUUUCUGAUACACUAGAAGGUCCAAAACAUUUAUCUAUAAGUAGUUCAAAUGCAAAUGAAUCAACUGAAGAAAAAGAUAAAUCUCUUCGUAUUGAAACAAAUGGAACGCUAAAACGUCGCUCUGAAGAAUUAUUAGGAAUGCCAAGUGAUAAUAUUUCUAUAGAAGUUAAUAGUGAUACCAAUGUAGUUUAUAAUUUAUCAGUUGAAAAUCUGGAUACUUCAAUACAUGAAGACAAUUCUGAUAAUAUGCAAAAAUUGGUUAUGAGUACAGAAACAGACUCUGUUAAUGAUAAUUCUUUUGAAGAAAAUUUAGAUAAAGGUGGUAUUAUAGAUGUGUCUACAAAUUCAAGCUUAAAUGAGAGCAUUGAAAUGAUGGAACAUACAGAAGAUGGAAAAAAAUUGGAUAAUAAUAAGUCUACAGAAAUUGAUAUAGAAAUGAAUGAGGAGUCAAGUAAAAUUAAUAUUAAAGAAUGUAACGAAAAUAUGAAUUCUAAACUUAAUGAUUCAAAUGCAAAGGAAAGUAUAAAUGAAAAUGAAGAGCCUGAGAAAGAUAACAAAGAUGAAAAUACAAUUACAAGCGAUCAGUGUGAUAAGAAAGAUAAAAGUGAUGAGCCAAGUACAUCAGAAAAUAUGCACAAAAAUGAUGACACAAAUUGUACAAAAAUGCUAUCUCCUAAAUUAAGUAACAUAGAGUCAAAAUCAAGAAAUAUGAAAUUAAUUCAAGAUACUCAGCAUUCCAUUGUUUCAGAGCAUGAGGAUAUAAGUUAUUUACAAGAUAUAAAUAAAACAGAUAAUUUAGCUUGCAAUCCAAUCAGUCCUUCAAAAUCCUUAGAUACUUGUAUCAGUCACGAGGAUUCUGCAUUAACUAAUAUGAAUGAAGCUAAUGUAACUAAUGUGAUUAAAAAUCAUAACUCUUCCAUUGUUACAGAGACUCCGGCUGAAUUUGUCAAACGAGAACCUGAAAGAGGAGAACAGUCAAAAAAAGUUUCUGUACUAGGUGACUCUUCAACAUUAAAGAAACAGUGUGCACACAGUCUAGAAUCAAAUGAAAAACAAUCAGAUAUUAAGCAAACAGCAUCUAAAAAGUGUCAAGAACACAUAGAAGUUGAUGAAAAUGAUUCUGAUACAAGUAUGACAAAUUUAUUUCAAGAUAUUCCUGCUACUGAAUGGAAAGAAAAGAAUAGCGAGAAAUUAGAAAAUGAAAGUGAAGGUGAAUGUGAUCUUGUUCUAGUUGAUAAAGAGUCAUGGUUAACUGUGGAAAAUUUAAAAAAAGAAAAGGAAAAAGAAACCUUUGAUUAUGAUUCAGACGAUACAGUUCUAUUAAAAGUACAAAGAGAUUCUAUGAAGACCCAAAAUGAUGAAGAUCUGUCAAUGGAUGUAUCAGGAGAUGAAUGUAAUUUAAAUGAAAGCAAAGAUAAAUCUUCCAGUACUAAUGAACAGAAAACCAUAAAACAAAAUAAAAAUAGAGACAAAAGAGAAAUGAUAGAAGGUUCAAAAGAUACAGUACAAAACAUAGAAAUGUCAACAAAUGUAGAUGAAAAUAAAUCUGUGACAAAACGUAAUAAUAGACACUCUAUUUCCAAAUCCAAUAUGUUGAUUCAAAAAUCAAUAGAAGCUAAGGAUUUAUCCGAAUCGUGUGAGGGAAUAGAAACAGAAGAAAAUUCAUCCUUAAAUAAAAAUAAACUAUCCAAAAAUGGUCCAAAAAGACGAAAAUCACUUAAUAAGUCAAUUCAAGAAAUAGAUAAUAAACAAGAAGAACCGAAUGUAACUGAAAUUAUAAAAAAAAGAAAAUCUUUAAAUAAAUCCAAUUCCAAAGACACUGAGAAAAGCCAAUCAUUAAAUAAUUCUUUAAAGAAAAAAGUAAAGCUACAGCAGCUCGAUGUAAAUUUCGCAAGAGAAUCAGAUAACGAGUCUAACGAAUUUGAAUCUUGCGAAAAGGAGGAUACCAUUACAAAGAAAAAAUGGAAUAGAAAUUAUUCAACCGUUGCUAACAUUGGAUCUGAUUCUAAUGAAAGUAAAAGUAUUUCUGAUUCUGAUGAUUCGCAAAAUAAAUUUAUGGAAUUACCUAAAUUUUUAUUUGAUGGAGCAAGCGACAGCAAUAGCGAUGACGAUAAUGAAUCUAAUAACACUAUAGACUCUGAUAUCCAGAAAGAGUAUAAUUUGCAUGGUGAAGACAUUUCAAAAUUUUCUGAUGAUGAUGUACCAGGAGAUGAAUGUAGAGCAUCAGAAACAGAAUCAUCAGAUCCAUAUGACAAUGGGUCAGAUCUUGCAGAUUUUGUAGUUGAUGAUGAUGAAGUUGAAGAAGAAUUAGAAGAAUUUAAUGAAAGUGGUGGAGAGGAAGGUGAAGAAAUGGAAAAUGAUGAAUUAGUGAAAGAGGAUACUAAAGAAGAUCAAAGAGAUGAUGAGAAACAAAUGCAAAGUGAGAUUGAAAUAGAACAAGAAACAAACCAGAAGGAAGAACAAUAUGAAAAUAAAGAAAAUACGAAUGAGAAAGAUAUAAAUAAAGUAACAGAUACUUCUAUUAAAGAAAAAAAUAAAUCAAAAUCUGCAAAUAUAAGUUCGUCUCAUAUCAUCGGAAGUGAUAAGAAAAAGAACAAGAAAUUGAAAACAGAUCAUACAGAAGUAAGUGAAAAAGAAAAUAAUUUUACUAAUUUGUCCUUUUCAUCUCCUUUGGAAAUAAAAAAGACGAAACAAAAACGCGCCUCCGGUGAAUUUAUCGUUGAAGGUGUAGAAGAAUCAAUGAAUGAAUCACAACUGGUAUUCAAUAAAAAAAUGCAAAAAUUUAAUAAAUCAAUGGAAUGUAGUACUCCAAAAAUUAAUUUAUCUAAACAAGACAAAUUUAAUGUUGCGAUUCGUGAUCGCAAAAGUGAUUGUCUUAAUGAUGAAGAAAAGAAAAAUAUGACACUACAGGAAGAACAAAAUUUGUCGAAACUAAGUAACAUAAAAUGCAAUGAAUCUCUCAUACAUAGAAGUCUUCCAUCUGAAUUAAUUGAUUUACUAACAAAAACAAAUCUUUCAAAGCCAAUGUCAGCUAAGGUAUCAGAACUGAAUAAAACAACAUUAACUUUAGGAAGUGAAACACCAACAACAAAAUACUUGAAAAAGGAAAAAUUAAAUGAAAGUGCACCAAUAUUGAAGUUAGAUACAAAUUCUAAAAAGUCAACAUAUAUUAAUAAUAAUAAUGAUCAGAUUCAAUCAAACGAAGACGACAAUGAACAAAAAACGGAAGUAUUACAAAAUGUAAACGAUUCAUUAAAAAGAAAACUAUUUAAAGUAGCAGACAAUAUAUUAGAAAAUGAUCGCCAAAAGAAACGUAAAAAGCAAAAGCAAUCAACUGUGAAAGAAACAACUAGUUCUAUACUACCUGAAAAUAAUGAUUCAGAAAUUGUAGAACAAAUUAAACAUGUCAAUUUUAAUGUCAAUACUGACAAUAAUGACGAAAAGGUAGAUAAGAAAAAGAGAAAGAAGAAAAAAAUGAAAACAGGUGAAGCUGACAUACAAAUGCAAAAAAAGACUAUCAAAAUAGAAUCAGAAAGUCGUGACAAAAUAAAAAAGAAAAAGAAGGAAGAAAAAUUAAUUAAAGAUAUUCCAGUUGUGGAAAAUAUAAAUGAAAAAAAGGUAACAAAAAAGAAGAAAAAGGUUUCAGAUUUUUUACCAAAUGAUAAUAUUUCAAAUGAACAAAUACCUAAGAAAAAACGGAAGUUACUAAUAAAAGAUACAGCUUUACAAGAUAAUGAAGCAUUAUCUGAACAAAUACCAAUAGUUGCCAAGAAAAAGAAGAAAACCUUAUCAAAUGAUAUCUUACAAAAUGAAGAAGUUUUAGUUAAAAAAGUUCCUAAGAAAAAACGUAAAUUAUCAAAAGAUAUUACACAUCAGGGUGAAAAUAUCUCAGUUGAAAAAUCAUCAAAGAAAAAGAAAAAGUUAUUAGUAGGUGUUGAAAAAGAUAAUGUGAAACAUACUACAUUAUAUAAUGAACUACAAGAGUUUAAUGAUCCACUAUCAGAUUCAGAUGAGGGACCAGAAACGGUUGCAUUUUCUAAAGCUCGGGAGGAAGCGUUAGAAGUUUUAAAACGUACUGCCGAUAGUAUUAAAGCUAAUAAAGACAUGCGAAAGAAGAAACAAAAGGAACACAUAGAAAAAAUGCAGAAACAAAAAGAAAUUAAGGCUAAGAAAUUGAAAUCUAACAAUCAAAUAACGGAAUCUAAUAAAGUGGAUAAACAAGAAAAAAGCGUUAAACGUCUUCCAGACGAUGUUCUACAAAAUCUGUCGGACGCUCCAUUGAAAUCAUUGAAGAAAAAGAAAUCAUCAGAAAUGAAAGAACAGGUAUUACCAUCUUCGAUGUCCGGACCUAAAAAGAUAAAGAACAUAUUUGUAGAAGACGAUUUUACUCCACCAAGUUGUGCUGGAAGUACGACUGAAUUUAGCGUUGUUGAUAUUCAAAAAAUUAAAAAGAAACAGAAAGUUUCAAAAGUAACUUCAUUUAGGCAAAAAAUGCUUAAUAGGAAUUCACGCCAGCCUAUGUCUGCUUAUUUAAUGUAUUUGGAAAAACAAAGAGCAUUGGGUAAAGAUAAAUUUUGUAAUAAACCGUACUAA